AUGGAUGAAAAGUGGGUUCUGUACUCCAAUGUGAGGCGCAGACGAUCCUGGUAUAGCAAAGGUCAAGAACCAAAAUCUUCGUCAAAAGAACAGCUGUUGAAAAAGAAGGUUAUGAUCUCAGUUGGGUGGGAUUGCCCUGACAAAAACGAGUGCACAGGAAACCCAUGCGGGGCACAGGGAGCAUGCAACAACACACCAGGAUCCUACACAUGUGUCUGUAAUGCAGGGUACGUGUACAGCGGAACAACAUGCGUUGACAAGAACGAGUGCACAGGAAACCCAUGCGGGGCACAGGGGGCGUGCACCAACACACAGGGAUCCUACACAUGUACCUGUAAUGGAGGGUUUGAGUUAAGCGGAACAACAUGCGUUGACACAAACGAGUGCACAGGAAACCCAUGCGGGCCACAGGGGGCCUGCACCAACACACCAGGAUCCUACACAUGUGCCUGUAUUGCAGGGAUUGAGGAAGAUGCUAUUGCCAUCUUUCCUCAAUAA